AUGGGUGGUGAAGGGAAUUCUCACAAGCGACCUGGAUCGCCGCCGGGCGACCUGUCAAUGCCUCCAGCAAAGAUGUCUAAGUCUGGACACCUUCAGAUCAACUAUCUGAAGCGAGAAAAGAAGGAGGUCAUACCUCUAGCUACACCAGAGGAGCCAAUGCCUCGCCUGAUCAGGCUGCUCCAAGAAUAUGAUGCCGUCUUGCAGCGACACGAGAGUUUAGCUGGCAACCUUGGAGCUUGUCCUGUUGGUCCUAUCCUGUUGAAGAGGUUCGAGCGGUUGUUCGAGGGGCCACCAAGGAUACUGAAGUCGAAUAGUCGUGACCCAAACAUAUCGUGGCUUGAUGUUGUGGAAUUUGCGCAGAAUAAGCCUGAACAAUUUGAUCUCGAAAAGACACGAAACGGCAUACGAGUUUGCCAGUUCUACCUCAAACAGUGCCGCGUUGAGAUUUCUGAGGAAGACUAUGUGCUCAUCCGCAGCGGAAUGCCACAGAAACUAAUUCCCCCACAACCAAUUCUAGAGGAUGAAGAGAAGGAGCUCGGAGUUAUAGAUGUACUUGACCUUUCCGCUCGAGCACGACAAGUGGCUCAUCGUAUCAAGAAUCGACGUACAGCAAUUCUGGCAAGACGAGAAGCUGAAGGAGACGUCGCUAGGAACGUGCUUAGGUCAAAUGACCUUCCACCAUCGCCGGCGUUUGAGCACAAUGGCGUGCUUCCAGCAGCGCCUGAGCAACCAUUACAGUCGAGAGCUCCGCCUGUAUCAUCAAUUCCUUCUCCUACCAUGCCUUCUAGUGGUUUCACCGCUGUAAAUACACGGCACUCUCUCCCUCCUUCAGAGGCUCAACCUUUCUCCAUGAUGCGGGAGAUACACCAUGAUCACCAGCAAGAGCCUGUCAGGAGAGAGUCAGCAGUAAGAGAGCCCAUUUCGGAUGGGCCAUCCACCCACACUCCGGCACAACACCAUUCGCAUCGGAUGUCCGACCCAAAGCCUACAGCUGCUGUCGGCGAUGAUUGGAUGAGCAAGUUCUUGACACCAAGCGAACGUGCCGCCGGUUUGACAGUCGAUCAAGUACGACGAGAGAACCUUACUUCGCCAUAUCGAACCACGUCUCGAGGCGAGACCGGCCCCACCAUUGAUGACAGCAAUCGUAUGUCGAGCAUGCCACCAACUAAGCAGGAAACUCGAAGACAGUCCGAAGGAACCUUGCCGGAGAAAGCCGUCUCUGUUGCAAGCACUGAAGGCCAAGGCCCGUCGGUGCCUAUCCCGAACACUCCUGCUUCCUUGAUGCCGCAACAGAAACCACAAAAUUGGAUCAGAGAUGAUGGUGGUCCUCACAAAGCUGAAAUGAUUUCACGGAUGGAGACAAUGAAACGUGGUGAGCGCGUGAUUCCUCCUUGCGAUAGAUGCAGGAGACUUCAUAUGGACUGCACUAAGAACUUGACCGCGUGUCUUGGAUGCACCAAGAAACAUGCAAAAUGCUCCUGGAAGGAUGUGAGUAUGGAUGAAUUGGAAAGUACAGCUCCAGCUGCACGUGAGAGGGAGAAGGAGCAGGACAACAUAGUGGCUACAACCGCGUCGGAUUGGGACAAUAUGCUGAAGUACAACAAGCCAGAUCAGCUCGAGCAAGGCAGAACCAGUCCAAGCUCCAGCUCUGUUCCGACAGCAGAAGCCGCACUUGACAUUUCCUCUAAUAAAGCGUCUACACCCAGGAUGCACAGUCCACCUCAGAAUGGUAUUGCAAGAUCAUCCAACCACCUCCAAGAGUCUCCAAGACUGGAUGUUCGCCCUCCUCCCUUAGAACAACAGCUUCGUGAUGCUACCGAAGACAGGACACAUCAGCUUGGCGCGACGUCGAGGUUUUCACCCUUUCCACGACCGUUUUCACAGCACCAAUACUCGAACCAGUUGAAAGAUGAGUCGGCUGAUACUGGUGAUCGAUUGGCGGCCAUAGCGAACCAGGUCUAUCGAUCUGCUUCGCAAAACACGAACAGAUACGGAAUGCUCAUUACCACCUUUGGAGAUACAGUCUACGCCAUAGCAGGCAAAGUCAUCUUCUCGAAGCAAAGUGAUUGA